GUCAAAAAAGGGCACCAAGUAUAUAGUUAUUAACAGGUGUUUGUUUGAUUGGUUUGGAUUUAGUUUUAUGACAGAGCAUGCUCCAGUAUUUGCCAUUUCUUCUGCGUGUCAAAAGGGCCAGUAAGCAUCUGCUCAGGCGGAGGAUAAUAGUGACUGCCACUGUCACUGUCAUCUCUCUCUAAAUCUCAAAAUCCAUCACUAGGUCGAGGAAAUCCUCCUCUAACAUCCAUGUCCUUCCCUGGGAAUGAUUCGGGGAACCACACACAGAGCUGGCUCCGUGAGAAAUCAAAUAAUAAGGGAUUUAAGGCUGAUAUUCUGAUAUGCUGAUGAUAUUUAGCUUACCACGGUGGCUCCACUUACGUAGUAAGGAGCCGUGGCUCAUCUAGAGGACUGGAAUUGCUACAAGAAGCAGCAGAUUACAUUACCAAGGUAAGCGUGUACACUGAUUAUACCUUUUACUGCAGAACUGCUAGAGACUCCUUUUGCGUGUUAGUGAAGAUUCUUGUUUUGAUAGACUUCAUGUUUUAAAUCUGCUGAUGAUUUCUUUGUGGUUUGGAAUGCAGUGGACCAAUGACAAGGUGAGAAAUGGGUAAGAUAAGAAAGCAGAAGAGGUGGAAGCUGAUCAUCCAUUCACUGCAGUCCUGUAGGAUAAUGCUGCCCUCAUUUUUUGUGCAGCCCUAAAGAUUUUGACACAUAGGAAUUAACAUAUUUAAUUUGUAGUUCAUAAGAUUUGAGAAGUCAGUAGUUUGCUGUAGUAGUCACAUUUAGAAAUGCGGGGAAGUAAAAGCAAGUUGUUGGUGAUGAUACAGCAAAAGAAAUUAUGAAAUAAAUAACCUAAAAUACCAGCAAUAAAAUACCACACUUAUCUGUGUUACUUUCAAACUUCACACCUGAAUACUACAAGGUGGCAUUUAGCAUCUGACUAUUGACAUAACAUCAGUGUAACGGGACGUGACAAUGUACCAGUUUAAGAAAGAAUGUGCAAACACAGGAAAAGAAACAUGAUAGUGAUACAAGUUAGUAAAGGCAGCCUGAAAUAUUUUGUUAGAAAAAGCUCUAUAAUGUAAUCAGAAAUGUGGUACAAAAGCUGUGACAAAGUGACUGCAGUCCCCAGACCAGGAGGAACUGUUAUGUCUGUUCAGUUUGCAUGGGGCACAUGCUGCAUUAUCAUUUCUGCACCUUAGACUCAACAAUUUCAAGGUUCCAAGCAGUGUGCAUUGGAACUAAUGGAACUUAAAGAUAUUGUUGUGCUGUGUGUCCUUGGCUAUAUGAGGAGUGAGACAACCUAGGGCAGCAGCCACCUGAGCUGAGAUUUGGAUUUAAUUCUUUGAGACUACAGGAUAGUAAAUGCGUCCAGUUUCUAUGUGUGGACAAUUUUGAAGCAUACUUAAUGCUCACUAAAUGCUUCAUGUGCCUCAGAAAUAUGAACUCUCUAGUCCUGCUCCAAAAAGCUGCUCUUCUCUCCCAGCAAAUUCUGCUUUCUCAGGACACAAAAUACCCUACAGUUCUUCUUUUUUGGUUAGACGUGAAUGGAGUCAGAGGAAUUGGUUUAUUUGCAAAAAAAGAAAAAAGCAUAGAAAUUCCUAUUCAGCUGGAGAAGAUGGGAAACUGCAGAACAUAGACUUUACUCAAACUCCAGGCUAUGUGUUCUGGAUAGGUGUGGCUUUUCUACAUGUUCUGUUUCACCACACUUCUCACUGUCUUAUUUCUAGCCUAUGGGCAAAUUAGUAUGACUGCAUAUCACAGAGUCUAAGAUAUCUGUUUUGCUGUCAUCCUUUUGCAAAGAUAAACAUAAAAACCAAGUUCCUAAAAGCUGCUACUGGGAGUGUUAAUGGGGACUGAUAUAGAAUACACUUACAGGCAUGAUUUGCCUUGAGAUGAGUAUUUUCAGUUGUUUGAUGCCAAGUUGUUGGAAGUGGCUGGACACAGCUUUGUUUUAUACCUGUGAGCUCUGCAGAGGAUAUAGGUCAAAUCAGGGUGGGGCUUUGUGUGCCAGCAUUAACAGAGCUUUCACAGCACCUGUAAGCAGAUACAAAGCUGCUUAAUUUAACCUGGUGUAUUUUCAGUCUCUACUCACUCAAAUACAAUCUACCCUUGGAGCAAGCCAGUGAAAACUCUGUUACAGCUUUUAGGCAGCUGCUAAGACAAUAUUGACCAUGAAGGUAGGAGUAAUUGAGACCCAUCAUUCCCAUGCAAUUAUUCCCAGCGUGGUGGUGCAAGACACCAGUGAGGAUCCUGGACUGAAAGAGAAAGGGGAAAACAGGUGUGCCAGGCAACGGUUUCUACCCGGAGUGUUUGCACAAUACAAUAUUAACAACAACAGUAAUAAAGACGAAGAGAAGAAAAAGAAAAAAGAAAAGAAGAGCAAGUCAGAAAAUAAAAAGGAUGGAGAAAAACAAAAGAACAAGGAAAAAAAGGAAAAACACAAAAAUAAAGAUAAGAAGAAGAAAGAAAAGGAUGAAGAGAAGAAGAAAGAAAUUUUCAUCAUUGAUCCAGCAGGAAAUAUGUAUUACAACUGGUUGUUCUGCAUCACGAUGCCUGUCAUGUACAACUGGACUAUGAUUAUUGCUAGAGCCUGUUUUGAUGAGCUUCAGAAUGACUACUUAGCUGUAUGGUUUAUUGUUGAUUAUGUCUCUGACGUCAUCUAUAUCGCUGACAUGUUUGUACGGACAAGAACAGGUUACCUGGAACAAGGUCUUCUAGUGAAAGAAGAACAAAAGCUUAAAGAGAAAUAUAAGAGCUCCCUACAAUUCAAAUUGGAUUUUCUGUCAAUCAUACCAACUGACCUCUUAUACUUUAAGCUAGGACUGAAUUACCCAGAACUGAGAAUAAACCGACUGCUCAGAGUAGCUCGGAUGUUUGAAUUUUUCCAGAGAACAGAAACAAGGACAAACUACCCAAAUAUCUUCAGGAUCUCUAACCUCGUCAUGUACAUCGUGAUUAUUAUUCACUGGAAUGCCUGUGUGUAUUACUCGAUCUCAAAAGCCAUUGGAUUUGGGGCUGACACGUGGGUCUACCCCAAUACUUCCCAUCCUGAAUUUGCCCGUCUGACCAGAAAGUAUGUCUAUAGUCUCUACUGGUCCACUCUGACCCUGACUACUAUUGGUGAAACACCCCCUCCUGUACGGGAUUCGGAGUAUUUCUUUGUGGUUGUUGACUUCUUGGUUGGAGUAUUGAUUUUUGCCACCAUCGUUGGUAAUGUCGGCUCUAUGAUCUCCAACAUGAAUGCUGCCAGGGCAGAGUUUCAAGCAAAGAUUGAUGCUAUCAAGCAGUAUAUGCACUUUCGAAAUGUAAGUAAAGACAUGGAAAAAAGAGUUAUAAAGUGGUUUGACUAUCUCUGGACAAACAAAAAGGCUGUGGAUGAAAGGGAAGUCUUGAAGUAUCUGCCGGACAAACUAAGAGCAGAGAUUGCAAUCAACGUUCAUCUGGAAACACUAAAAAAAGUUCGGAUUUUUGCAGACUGUGAAGCUGGCCUGUUGGUUGAACUUGUUUUGAAACUCCAGCCGCAAGUCUACAGCCCUGGGGACUAUAUUUGCAGGAAAGGAGAUAUUGGACGAGAAAUGUACAUUAUCAAAGAAGGCAAACUUGCAGUAGUCGCUGAUGAUGGAGUGACACAAUUUGUGGUUCUAAGUGAUGGCAGCUAUUUUGGAGAGAUAAGCAUUCUUAAUAUCAAAGGUAGCAAAGCUGGCAAUCGAAGAACAGCCAAUAUUAGAAGUAUUGGAUACUCAGACUUGUUCUGUCUGUCUAAAGAUGAUCUCAUGGAGGCUUUAACAGAGUAUCCCGAUGCAAAGGCAAUGCUGGAAGAAAAAGGUAAACAAAUCCUAAUGAAAGAUGGAUUGCUGGACAUUGAAGUUGCAAAUUUAGGAAGCGAUCCUAAAGACCUGGAAGAGAAGGUGGCUUAUAUGGAAGGAUCAAUGGACAGGUUACAAACAAAGUUUGCCAGGUUGUUAGCUGAGUAUGAUGCUGCACAACAGAAACUGAAAAAAAGACUUACACAAAUUGAGAAAAUAUUGAAGCCAGUUAUAGAGCAAGAAUUUUUAGACUUUGAAGAAGCAGAUCCAUCCCCAGAUAAACCUGGAGCGGCAAAAACAGAAUAAAAACCUGGCAAUAGGACUGAAGGCCCAUGGGGCUGAAUACGUUUUUCUCUAAUCUUGUAUGACUCAAUGAUUACUUAUGAAAAAUUAUCUGUUGAGGUAAUACCACCAAUUUCCUAAAAACAACAAAUUUUUGUCAGGUUUAGGGAAGGAUAAGAAGAAUCAAGAAUGAGGAUAGGACAUAAGAUCUUACUCUUUAUGUUACACCUUUGUACAUCUAAUGUAUCCUACUUGUGUAUGAAUACUGAAGGGCUUCCUGACUGUUCUUAAAUCAUUUCUUUACGUCUUCUUAUGGAAAGAUGGAAAGGUUUGGUAAUCGUAUUAAUUAUUUGAAAUGAAUAUAGGCAUGAAUCGUGAUAAUAAGUUGUGUAUAAACAAACACAAUUUAAUAUCUGCUGAUUAAAGUACGAUUAAUUAAAUAUGGGAGAUUAUUACAUAAAGAACUGCGUAUUUUUGUUUCUAAAGAAUUAGGUUUAUCUAAUGGCAGCAGCAUCCCAUAGGGCUGUGUCAUAUCUUACUAGGAACUUAAGAAGCACUUUUCAUCUUUGUUGAAGAGUUUAAGGUUUUUGUAUUAGAGAAAUGUUAUGGAAUUACUGAUAUUAUACAAAGUCUUAAUAAAGACAGGGGGUUACUGCA